AAACAAAACAAAAAAAAUAAUAAAUAACAAAAAAAGAUAUUUAUGUGGUUAUUAAAAUAUUCAUUUAUUAAUUUUUUGAAAAAAAAUAUGUACAAAAAAUUUGCAAUAGUAGGAUUAGCAGUAGGUGGUUUAACAGCCUAUUAUCUAGUUAAAUAAAAAUAAAAAUCUAAUAAAUACAAUAAGUAGAUUUAACAAUUAGAAGCUCAAGUUUUGAAAGAGUAGCAAGAAGGUACUUAAUUGUACUCUAAAGAAACAUUAAUUAGUACAAAAUAGCUGAUUAUGGAAAUGAGUUAAGAGGAUUAUUAAAAAAUAACUGAAAAAAAUAGAAAAAAUAGGAGACAAUACCAGAAAAAAGAUGUCUAAACUUACCUUAACUAUGUUAUUUAAUAUGCUGCAGAUUACUUUAAUCUAAUUGAAGAGAAUGAGAAAUUGUUUAAAAAAUCAAAAAUCUUAAAUAUAAAUAUUUACAAAUAAUCUAUUUAAGAAUUAGAAAAAAAUAAAAGUAAUAAGCUUGCUUUUCAUUCUUCGUUGUCUUAAAAUUACAUUGCACUUAGAUCUUCAAUUCCUAGUAAUUUUGAUGAAUUUACCGAAGAUUUUGCAAUUGGCACUUUGAAUUACAUGAUUGGAGUUAUAAAAGGAAGCUAUUUUAAUUUUAGUGAAAUGCUGGCUACUUUAGUGAAAAGAAAAGAAAUAUCAUAUUCUAAUAUUUUUGGAAUAAUAACUAUUAUUUUAUAUGAUUAUGUUAAUUAAUCUGAAUAAUUCUAGGGUGUAGAAGAGGAAGAUAUAUUGAGGUUUGUUUAUUCAAAAUAAGAAGCAAAAAAUGAAGCAAAAGAAUAGUUAAAUAUAUUCUAUUAAUCUGUUUAUUAAAUUAUUGAGUAUGUUAUGGAAAUGAAAUCUUGAAAAAUAGAUUUAAUAUUAAUUAUGGUAUGAUUUUAAAAUAAUUACCUAUCUAAAAGAACUCAUAAAAUAGCAAUAAUAAUAAAAAAACAAAUAAAUACCAAUAAUUCAUAAACUAUUGACUAAAAGAUAGAUUAGCUUAAAUUUGUUAAUUUACAAUUAAGAUAAUUAAAAAUUUAAAAAAAUAAUUUAAGCUAUUUUGAAAAUUAUUUGUUCACAAUAUAUUCUAAUAUGUUUAAAUUCUUAAACUAUAUAAUUUAUUAUUUUUUAUAACCUAUAAUUCAUUCAAAGCCA